UGACUGAGCAGGCCAAAGAACAGGAAUGGCUAUUAAAAACAUUUGAGACGUUGAGAGGAGCACAGUACGUCUUACACAGUGUUGCGCACCGCCUCUCUUUAAACAAAGCGAUUGUAACGGCAAAAUGAAUUUCGCUUUCUUCCUUGGGUGCGCACUUUUCGCUCUGGUCACUGGCAAGCCGUGCGACCCUUUGAGUGCCGAACAUGAGGAGCUUAUCCUCUCCUUCAACAAGAAACUUCUGCUCUUCCUGGAGGACCAGAGCACACUCCCUAAUCCCAGCGUGCACCUGGCCCUGCGCCUGUCCACAUACCACAACCUGGGCAUGGAGAGUGCUCACCUAGUCCGGCUGAAGACAGACCUGCAUGAUAACCUUGAGAGCCUUCUCACCAAGCAUCAGCCUGUGACGGGGCUGCUAGCUCUCUACGUCUUGGCCCUGAGGGCCUCCUGCACUGACCUCAGUAGCCUGAAAAUCAACCAGGAACCCAUACUUGUCCAGCUGAAGAGACAGAUGGAACUGGAGAAAGACCACAUUAGUGCCAGCCACCGUCCGCUGACAAACUACUACCAGUACUCUCUGGGCGUGCUGGCUCUCUGUGCAAGUGGUGUGCGGGUCAGCUCACACGUGAGCCACAAGCUCGUCCGAGCCGUUGAACAGGGAAAGAUCAAGCACGGUGAAUCUGAAUGCAUCGACACGCUUGCCAUGGCAGGGAUGGCCUUGCAAUGCCACAAGGAGUUCGCCUCAGCACAGGACAUGGCUCAGCUCGAGCAGGCUCUGAGCACCAUCAAGCAGAAGCUCUUGGACUCCCAGAGGCCAGACGGUCACAUGGGUAAUGAGUUCAGCACCGGGCUGGCAGUGCAGGCCCUGCUAGCUAUGGGCAGCCAGGUGUCAGAGUGCUCUGCCUCCAUUGAGGCAAUAAGGACUGACAUCAAGAAAGGGACCUACCACAAUCCCAUGGCCAUCUCCCAAACCCUGCCUGCCCUUCAGCAGAAAUCCUACCUGCAUGUCAAGACAAAGGAGUGCAGAGGUGAAGACGACAGCCUGGUUGUGGGACCAAAGCCCACACUUCCAGAACCCUCUAGUCAGGAGGUGUCUCUCCAAGUGGAGGUGAUCACAUCGGAUGGCAGCGCCACCACAUACUCUCUGGAGGUCCCCAAGAGCUCUUCGCUCCUCGACUCCCUGAAGCUCCUCCAGGAGAAGCAAAAUGACUUCACGUUCGAGACAGAGUCCAGCCUGUGGGGACCCUUCCUGAGCGUGGUGAAUAAGGAGCGGGCUCGACAGGCAGACCGCAGCUACUGGCAUCUGUCAUCAGAUGGAGCAUCCCUUACCCAAGGUAUUGGGGAUUAUAAAAUCGAGAAGGCUCAAAAGAUCACCAUCAAAAAGACCAGCUACUGAAAGAAUGUCUCUGCUUAAAGAGUAGUCAAAACAUAUAUUAUGAACAAAGAGAAAUUGCACUUUAAUUAAAAGAAUCUUUAUAAGACAUCCAGGUCAAAACUGUCCUGGGCACUUUGUACUACUGUGAUUGUUUUUUGUAGGAAUAUCAGAUCAAAUACUUAUGCAACAAAAGGACAUGUGACAUCCAUAUGGACAUAAUCAAGCAGUUAUACCUUAUUUUAUAUCAGGCUAUUAAAACAUGAAAGGUCAGUUUGAAGGGAUGGAAUUCACAAAGCUCUGCAGACAUGCUUGUGCAGUUACGUAAUUCCCUGAUGAGUUAGCUAAUUGGAGCUGCUAAUCCACGAAACAUUGAGGAGUGUAGAGGAAUUUUCACCUUGCAAGAGGGUAACUGCCAGAACAGUUCUAUUUCUAACACACUACGCAUUUCUUCUGAUGAGCAUGUAUUUCUUUUGGCAGAAUCAGACUAUCAUCAGUCCUAUUCUGUUUCUUGAUCAUGUUUGUCGUUGGAGAUUUACAGCCGACUCCUUGCAAUAUAUGGCAAAAAUGUGUUUCAUCCUUUAAGUGAAUAAACUUCUAA